CAAUACAAAAUUACCUUUUAUUAUCCUAUUCGCACAUAUAAAGUGGAAAUCAAGUAAUUUAACUUAUUUUGCAAAUGGUUAAAUUUAAAGUGAUGAAGAGGUUUUUAAAAACUAUCCAGCUUUCUCAUUAAGAAUAAAACAUUAAACUUAUAGUUCUAAAUUAUAUUUGCAGAGAAUAUAUUCUGAUGACAAAGGCUAGGCUAUAAAAUGCUAUAUCUUUUUCCCGACCUUAGUAUAUAUCGAGGUCUAAGGACAAAACCAGAAGAUAAAUCGCGCGAUUUCAAUGCGAUCGAAACCUCAAAUAUCUGCAUCAGCUACAACCUACAGCGUAUAAUAGUGAAGCUAUCGGAAAAAAUAUGACGCACUAUGGACGGAAUGAGAGUUUUCAUAAUGUAUAUAAAAGCAAUGCCUUAUCCACAGUCGAUCGACCAAUUACUACUAACAAUACCGUUUACAAUUAUGAUAAUAAUAUACACAACAUGGAGUCAUUUACUAAAGACGAAUACAAGAGAGCAGUUGUAGUGUCGAGUACUUUAGCUUCAGGAGUAGAGUAUGCAGGGGAUGUGGAUUGGACCCAAUGCGAAAUUUUGGGCACUCAAUGUUCAAAUCAGAACAAUUCAGAUGAGCACAUAGCGAUCAGCGAAGCUCUUGAUGUCAAUGCGGGCGGAGUGACAUUAAAUACGCAUGGUGAUUAUUGGGACUCGAGCAUAUCCGCGCCAAUCGAAUAUAAUUGCGGAUAUGAAUGCGACGUAUUUGGGUACAACAAUACAACAAUAACAACAACGCCAAAAGUUUUGCCCGCCGUUUUGACACAUAAUGGAACGUGUAACUUUGACAUACGAGAUCGUGAAGGUACGUUUGGGAAAAGAGGAGACGACCGUUUUGGUGCCCGGUUGCCCGCUGCACCAGGAUCAGUAGCUUCGUCAUCGUCAGAAGUUACCAAUAACUCAAACUCAAAAUAUAGGAUGUUGCCGCAAUCGGUUGCGUAUCAGAAUGUUCAUAACGCUCAAUACAAUAUAAAUGGACAUACUGGAUAUGCACCCAACGGUGGUUUGAUUGACGAACGAAUUGGCAGUUUCAUAAGUUUGCCAGCAGCGGCGCCUUUGCGGAUGUUACCAAAUUUUCAACAACAACAAUGUUCCUCACAACUGCUCUUUAAAGAUGGCAACAACAUAGAGUCAGAUGCCUCAAGUAUCCAAAAUAUUCAAGAUGGUCAAACAGAAUCGUAUUGGAGGGGGGCUACACCUGAUUUAGCUACAGGAGCAGAGACCAGCAAUAUUGAUGAAGCAUUUUGUCAAAAUGCUCGACCUUACACCUCAAUGCUGCCACUUGACUAUAAAGAUUACUACUCCGACUACGGCCAUUCGGAUAAUUUGUCAACAUACAGUGACACACCACCAGUGACAAUUAGCGCUGUUCAACACAAGCUUCAACAACAGCGCAAAAUCUCGCUUAUGAUGGCAAUGACAACUGCAUCUGUGAUAGCAUCUGGCGAAACAAGAAUAGCUGUUCAUAUGCAACAGCAGCAGCAACAUUCACAGCAACGUGUCAAUAAUUAUUCUUCGACAGACUUUAAUAGUCAAAUUGGUUACAGAUCCACUGCUUCAACAACAGAUGUUUUUUCCAUCGGAAUGAAAGAACCCGACCUAGUAGAUGCACCAACUACUCAUACAACUACAACUGCAACUACAACUCGAAAAUUGCCAAAACGACUCCCGUCACCUCAGUGCAAGACAUUACUAAAUACUUCUAGCCUUCCUGUUACUGAAGAUUCAUCGUUACAAGUUCAACUACCUGAGUUCACAGAUGCCUUAAGUUUGCCACAGUCAGAGACAAAAAAUUAUCGCCCAAAGCAGUUACCCAAGUUGCCAAUAUCAAAGGCUAAUAUCACAGUAGGGAAUGCAAACACAGAUCUUAUCAAUUCAUGUAUAACUAAUCAUAGACCAAUUUAUCACCAUAAUUCGAUAGUUUUGCCAUCUGAAAAUGCAUCGCCAAUUUCAUCAGAUCAUGUAAUCUUCAGUGCUACCAAUACUCUUGAAUCAAGAUCUUUAAUAAGCUCAAAUGCAGAUUGUACCGAGAAUAAAAUAUGCCAAAAUAACAUCGAUACUCAAAACGAGUUAGUCAGCAAAAGCGUUAAUACAUCUGAAAAAAUUAAAGAUUCUUCAUCUCUCCUAUUCUUAGAUUCAAAUGAGGUUGUUAAAUAUGAGGACGAUAAGAAUUGGAUUGCUUCGACAUCUCCUAAAAAAUCAUCGAUAGAACUAGAUUCAAGAUCACUUAGCCUUGGAUUGCCAAUUAUAGAUCAUCAGGUAAUCAAUUCAAUAGAAAAGGUAUCUGAGCCACAGGCGUCAUCAUUUGACAUAUCUCAAUAUCUAAAGCCUUAUACAUUUGACUCAAUUGAAUAUCGUACUGAAGAUAAAAAUGAUUACCCUUCUACUGAAAUUGCAACUACAAUUAGUGCACACGUUUCCUUACUUGAUAACGACCGAGAUGACUUAUUUACUUCGUCAAAGUUUUCACUGCCACCACUGGAAACCCAUACAAUUACUAAGUGGUCAAGCAGCCCAAUCAACAUUGCAGAUCCGUCAUUAUCAAUCCCACCUACAGUUAUUGACUUGGCUAUAUCAUCGCCACAACAAAGUCCAACGGCUUCAAAAUCUGAAAUGAUCAUAACACCAUUAAGUGAUUCUUCAUCCACUCUCUCGUAUUUAUUAUGUAAGCAGACGUUUAAUGCUGACAAUUUAAAUUCUCUUCAGUGUAAUAUUGAUGCAAUAUCGUCAACUAUUUCUUCAAAUACACCUCCCGUUCUUAAUACCUUUGAAACCAAGCUCACAACAAAUAUAGUUAAUUCAGAUUCAAUACCUGCUGAGAUUGUGAAAUCAACGUCAAUUAUUAAUGCUUCACCAGAAUCAAAACAAUCCUACGUUGAUUAUAUGCGAAAAUUUGAUCUUCCAGAGCUUCCGCCUAUUCUUGACAUAGAAAUCAAUAGCAGUGAUGAAACCGUUAUUUUUCAAUCCAAUACACCAUAUUCUAAUAUCAAAACAAUACCAACCCCGCCAAUAAAUGAUGAUACAAAGAUCUCAGCGCCAACUUCAAAUACAAUUUCCGAGUCUUCCUUUGAAUCCCAUAAACUGGAUUAUUUAAAUAUUGUGAAUGAUAAUAUGGAAGUUCCGGUGUUGCCAUGUUUGGAAAUAACCUCAACGAAUUCAUGCCUUGGAUUGAUGUCAGGAUUCUGUAAUGAAUCGUCUCAUCCUCAUUCGCUAACUAAUAAUUUUUCAUUAAGCCCAAAAGUUGAGUCAACAGCCUGUGCUUCAGGCUUCGAUGACAGUUUCUAUGAUAGUUUUAAUGUGGAUCUAUUAGCCACCAUUGCACAAAUUGAGAAAGAAACAUGUAUUCCACCUGUUCAGUUGACAAAAAAGUGA